GAAAGAUCUCUUUCAAGCUACCCCCGACAACGAUAACAGAUAAGCUGCACUCGCAGCAGGUUCGGAGGUCUAAAGAGCAGAAACGAGUAUGCAGAAAUUCUCAAUUUCUCUAUCUGGAUUUACCUCGUAACAUUAUUCUAUGACUAGCGGCGUGCUGAAAAGAUAGAUGCGUCAAGACAACUUGACAUCUUUGCUGAUCUUAGUCUCGGCUUGGAUGAUGAGGACGAUGAAGACGAUGGAGACCAAAUAGAGGUUGUUCGUGAAGGGGUAGGAGCUUUUGCGGCAAUGCUUGGGUCAGAGCUGCAACCAAUUACUGCUCCGAGUGUAGCGUCGUCCCCAACAUCAGAGCAACCGAAGAAGAAGAAUAAACGCAAACGAAAGACAAGAUUGAAAAACCAGGAUCAACAACAACAACAAACGAAAAAACAUGAUGAACCAAACGAAUGGGCAGAUAAGUGUAUGUAUGCGGAGCUGCUAGAGAUGAAUUCGGACGAUCCUUGGACAACUACGGACGGCCUACCGGAUGAUCUCGAGACUGGAUGGGUGGCCGUCGCGCCUGUUCCUGUCGGCAAGCGUUGUCUUGCCAUAUCACAUAAUAGCAAUGGUACAGCUCCAAACACAAUGCUGCGGUCCAGAGCGCUAGGAAAGCCACUUAUGGCGCGUUUCCCAUCGUCACUACCACCGAAUACUGUUGUGGACUGUAUCCUGGACUGUAAUUGGCGAGAUAACGGCAUCUUGCAUGUCCUCGAUGUUGUCAAGUGGAAGGGCCAAGAUAUCGGUGACUGCGAGACAGCUUUCAGAUUUUGGUGGAGAGAUACUCGGCUCGCUGAACUCCCCAUCUCACCGCCUCCUGCACUGACCUCUCCGCGGCAUCAGUCAGAUCAUGCUCCAUCUAGAUAUCGUUUCAGCUAUCCAACAACACUACUUCCGAUACCAUACUAUCAAAACACGUCGCUCGAUAGUCUGAGUGCUGUUGUUCUUCCUCUUGCUAGAUCUUCGCGCUCAGUCACGGUCGACGUUCCCGUACUCGCACCCGCUGACAUUUCAAUGGACAUCGACGGGGCUGCUGAAGGACCAUCGAUCGACCAUCUUCCUAUAAAUGUCUAUCCUGAUGGGAUGUUGCUCUAUGUGUCAGAAGCUAGUUAUGACUCAGGCACUAGCCCUUUGAGUAGCUGGGUGCCCAUUAAACCUUUUACUCCUGUGCCAUCAUUGAAUGCAGAAGCUCCCCUCGAUAAGUUCCAGAGAUUAGUGCACCAGCGCAUGGAGCGCAAGACGGCUGCAGUGUCCAUAGAGGUGGAGAUGUCAUGAAGCUCUUUCACCGUUUCCUGCGCGUAUCUAGAAUAUGAUCGCUGAUUUUUUACGGAGUGGCGCAAUGAAGGACGUCGAUAAACUCAAGCAACUACCAUGCAAGACCUGUAUGAAUAUCUAACGUCCAACUUUCAAAUUGGAAGCGCUGUCGGCCACAUCAAGGUUGCGUGGCGCAAUAAUUUGAUGGCGACCAUUGAUUGUGUAUCUUCAACUUGAACUUCGACGUUGUUCAAGGCCGGGACAAUCUCAACAUCGCUCUCUACGUUUUUUGUUUUUACAUUCUAUAGCUUUGCACAUUACUCAUCAGAAUAUGUUCUCAGUUACA